CCCGCCCGCGUUCCCGACGCCGCCAGCAGGCUGGGAAUCGCUGGAGCGCAGCGAGCCGGAGGAGGAAGCGGCCAGUUCAGUGUGCGGAGGACAACAAAAGACAGAAGGAGAGAAAGUCACCGAAAAACCACACACCGCCGGACUAAACAGAUCGCUUACCCAUUCUCCCAUAUUAGCUUUCCCCAGAAUGGCAGGCAGUCUACCCACUGACAAAUUCAGUUUCUUGUACCAACCCGACGGCUGUCAGAACCUGAAGAGUAAGAGCAGACUGUCUUCCGCCAUGAACCCGGUCUACAGUCCCGUCCAGCCCGGGACCCCCUACGGAAACGCCAAGAAUGUGGCAUACACAGGCUAUCCUGGAGGGUAUCCCACCACCGCUCCCACCUACACCCCCAAUCUCUACCAGACUGGCAGUCCAGGGUACCCCCCAGUGCUGUUGCUGAAGCAGGGCUGGCCACAGAGCUCCACGGCAGGGGCUGCGGAGGGGUCCUAUGAGCUGGCUGUGGACGCGGGGUCAGAGGGCAGAGCUUACCAGGCCCCGACGGCAGCCUUCAGAUACACCACUGGGACCCCCUACAAGGUGCCCCCCACCCAGACUAACGGGGCCCCCCCGCCUUACUCCCCAUCUCCCAGCCCCUACCAGACGGCCAUGUACCCGAUCAGAAGUGCCUACCCCCAGCAGAACCUCUACGCCCAGGGGGCGUACUACACACAGCCGGUGUAUGCUGCCCAGCCCCAUGUGAUCCACCACACCACGGUGGUGCAGCCCAACAGCAUCCCAUCAGCCAUCUACCCCGCGCCUGUGCCCGCGCCGCGCUCCAACGGUAUGGCCAUGGGCAUGGUGGCAGGCACCACUAUGGCCAUGUCUGCCGGCACCCUGCUCACCACGCCGCAGCACCACACCAUCGGGGCGCAUCCGGUUACCGUGCCGACGUACCGGCCUCAAGGGACACCCGGAUACAGCUACGUGCCCCCUCACUGGUAAACCCACUGGCCGAUUCAUAUCUGGAGUUUAAACAUCGUAUGCAACUACUCAAGUCUUACACGGAAGCUCCAUGUUCAGUGUAGGAGCGCCGAGUCUGUUUGCAAGAACAAGCAAAGUGCAAAGGUCACUUUAUGCAUUUCCUGGUGUUUUUGUAAAAGCUGCUUUGUAAUUGUUUGUUUGUUUUUUUGUUUUUUUUUUGCAUCGUUCGUUUUUCUUUUUUCUUCUGUUUUUCCUUCCAUGAAUACUUUCACAGAAACUCCAGAAUAACCCUGACAUUCCACACUAGAUAGGAGUGCUCUUCUGUCUUGGUGUGGGCCCAUUUUCCAGGCCAGAACCAGAACCAUGACAUCGACUCCAUCCUCAUCUCCACCCUCACCUCCAUCUUAUGCUGCCAAAUUUUGUAACAGAGUUAGAUAUUAGGACAGGUUCUCUUGUUUUCUUUUUGUUAUUAUUUCCGAAGUCCCUCGUCAAAAAGGCUGGCGGAUUUCACACUUUAUUUUAAAGGAUUUCCUUUCAAUAUUCCUUCCAGUACUGGUAACAAAGGUUGUCUUCCAGCUUGUAGCAGUUUUAGAUAGACUUGUAAUGAAUAUAUCCACUGUUUAACAGUAUAAAUGUGGUAUUCCCUUUGCUAGGAGAAGGAUGCUCCAAUAAUCUUAGUUACACAAUAUGUAGAAGACAUUUUAAGUCAAGUCAGUUACUUAAUUAGCCUGUUCAUCAGGAUAUAGUAAGCAAUUAUAAGAUUUUGAGUAUAUAGUUGUGUGUGUGUGAGUGUGUUGGUGUGUUUGCACGUUCACACGACCGCGCACGCACGAGCAGUCGAGGUGCCGCACUGCACGUUGACUAGGACCCGGGUGCGGCAGAAAAAUGUGAAAGUGAUCUGUCUCGUGCCAAUUGGGGGAGGGGGGGGGGGGGGGGGGGGGGGGGGGGUGUCACCGGGCCUCAUUCAGGAACAGGACGACAACUUAAAGGGACGUAGAGGUUAGCAGUAAGUGUUUGGGGGAGACGCCACAGGAUAUAUCGGGAGGAUAUGUAUGAAACGUACAAGAUUUACAAGAAUAUAAAGGGGUGAUACCAGGGGUUGGGGGGUGAAACUGUAAAAUGAGCCUUAUAGCUCUGGCCCAGUCCCGUCCGGUUUGGUCCAGUCCCACGUGCUCUGCACUUCCUGAAGCAGUUAAUCUCCAUGCUGCAGCGACGGGCUGUGAGGUCAGAAUCCACUCAGGAGCCUGUCCUGAUGGGCCGUCCUGAAGGGCCGCUGUGCCCUGAGCACUUAUCAGUUCUUAGUGGUAAUUUAAUCCGAUCGUUUAACGCUUUGCCAUUUAUUGUGGGAAUAAAUUUCAGUCAGCACUGGUCCAAAAGCAUAAGCAAUCCGAAUGGCUGCUAAGGGCCCAACAACAUCCAGGGGGCCCAAAAACAUGCUGGGGCCUGAGGUGUGUUAGGGCUACGGGCCCCGAUUCAGAUUUCGCUUAGGGGCCCAAAAAGGGUUGGGCCCCUGUUUGUUGUUCCAGGUUGAGGUGGGGGGCAGGGGGAAAGAUGGUUGUGGAAGUUGAGAUUUUAAGGGGGACGUAAGAGAGGUUUGAGUUGCAGGUGUUGUGUUUUUCUGUGUUUUUCUUUACCCCCCAACCAGCCCACGGUCCUGAAAACCAUCACGUCCUGAGUAAUGAUCAGAAAGUUCUUGUUUUUUUGCCGGUUCUGUUUUUAAUGACACCCCCCCCCCAGUCCUGAAAUCUGGAAGCUGAGAUCUUUAAUCCCCUCUGUUCUCCUGUCGAUGCUAAUGGGGAACACGGAAGCCCACGGAUACAUGUGAGCAGAGUCACACCCACACGCCGCAGAAAACCCCCCCCCCGUCCACGAGCAUUUCUCCAGGUCCUCUGUCAGCAUUUUUUGUGAGGGGCGCAGUCCGUUUACACCAUGGUGGUCAGUGAGUGGCCACAGAACAGGGAGACCCCGCUAAAGGUUGCUUUCGGAGAGCUCUGUGUGAACAUGAUGGACGAUAAACCGGUACUUAGGAUGGACAAGCCUCCCCCUGUCUAAUGUGUUUCAUCUCUGGUACCUCAUGGCCUCCAUCAGUGUUUCAGUAAUUAGCGCAUGUUUAUAUGGAGACGAUCCCACACACUGCCUCGUUUACGCAGCCUCGAGUCGUGUCCACAAGCGCAGGGGGGGGGCGCUGCAUUACCACAGCCUUUAGGUCUGCUGCUGAUGGUCGGCAUAUUAAAUCCCGCAGUUCCCAGGGGGCCGUGUCUCACCUGCUCGUGCGUUCGCUGCAUGCUGAUUGGCUGCAUUACAGCACGGCUGCCCGCCUUGCACCCCACAUGUUCCUGCUCACGUGGUUUUGAUAAAGUUAUACAGUGACCGAAAAAAAAAAAGCACGUCAUCACAAUGCUGUGGCGCUGGGAGGCGCCGCAGGGCCCGUAGACACCCAGCAUGACAAAGCACCUGCCACUCACUUUGAUAUGGUACAGCCAGUAAUUCACGUGUCCAGUAGAAGGGGGCGCUCUUCUGCAGUCCAGAUGCUGAAUUUAUGGGAAAAUGAAACGCGUCAGCUGAGCAGUGGCAGCCCCCCCCCCCCCCCCCCCCGCGUCUCACUGAUACUGGGUCCGACCGAACCAGCAGGGCACUGGUGUAGUUACAGCAGGACUCUGCCCCCCCGCCCACCCCCUCCCCCACAGGGCUGACAUUUUUCUUUGUAAUGGGCUCCGGCUGCUGUUUGUCUGACAUCAGAAUCAGGUGUGUGAGCCCCUGUCCGUGUGGGGGGGGGGGGACACUGAUGCGAUGUGAUCCCACUCCCCAGGGCAAGUGAACAGACAGCAUCAAGUGCUGCUCGAAUUCUAAACACACUUUUAUUGUAUAUCUUUGCAAAAGAAAUUGAUUGCAAUGUAAUGCAAUGCAUAUGAAUUGGUGCACAAGGCCCAGCUCAUGGUGAAGUUGAAUUCAUGGUCGGACUGUUGGAGUUCAAUAACUCCAGAGGUUCAGUCCCUGUGUGAGUAGAGCCCCUUGGGAUUUUAAACUUAAAAAAAAAAUAAAAGUUUUAAAAAAGCUUAAUAAAUGAAUUUAAAUGGCUAGGUUUAAAAGAUAAUUUCUGAUAUGUAAUUUAAGUACUUUUUACCAUAAGUGUUAUUUAAGUUUUGUUGAUGAUUGAUGUUUAUUAUUCUUACAUAGAAGAUCUUUAUGUUCAGGCUGGGAGCAAUUCAGAACACAAGUCCACAGGCUUUCGGGUCGGUCCUGUCCCGGACCGGCGCAUAAUGCUUUUGGGUUUCAUCAUGCAGGGGGCAUUGUGUGCUUUGAACUUAAUAGCUGAACUUGGCACUUGAAGAAAUUUCCCAGGGUGAGACUUCAGAAGACUACUUGUUGCUAAUUUUAUAUCCUACCAGUGAGAAUAGAUAUCAAAGCGUGAGACUGUCGGCCGGAUGAGUUCAGCAAGCUUUUCAGAUGUUCAGAAAGAUUCCGCUACGCGAAUGGUUUACAAAAACAAAUUCUGCAGUGUUUACAGUUCCAGUUCUGACUCUUUUCCAGUUAAUUUAGCCUUUGAUGGAUUUACCAUAAUACUGCAUUUAUGUCAUCUUCUGAUAUUUAUUGUGUGAUCUCUAUAUCAGUAUAUAUGUGUCUUUAGUUGUCAGAUGCAACAUUGGCGCAAGGGAAAGUACAGUUUAGAAAGCUGCCUGCCCAUUGGCUCAAGCUCCACCAAUGAAAUGCUUUGUUAUGUCAGCUUUCAUGCUCGGGAUCAAGAAGAACAGAGCACUCUGUGGAUGGCUGCCAAGAAUGCAGACACUUCUGGCUGGUCUUCAGAGAGCUGAAUAACUAUAGCUACCUUGUGCAUAUUCCCCUUAAAUUCCCUUCUGUUAUAAUAACGCCUUCCAGAAGGAAGUGAUGUUUGGUGAUUUUUUUUUCAUAUUUCUCCAGGAUUUUGGCAUUGCUUUAUUCAAGCCCUCAUCCACAGUGCUCUUGCCUUCUCAAAACCCUGGGUACCAAAAUCACAUUGUGAGCAGCGAGGCCCAGUUCAGACACCUGCAACAUCCACCCUAAACUGCUUUUAAGCCGUUUGUUAUGUGUUUUAGUUUGAUGUCAGUGAAUUAAAUCCCUACAGUGGAAUACUGUCAUGGCGUGCUGUCACCUAGGUUCCCUGCAUGGUGUGCAAAGUGGAGAGUGCUCUUGGAGGGAACGCCCCCCCUCUGCCCCUCAUAUCAUCUCAACCCCGCCAAGUAAUAUGAACCCUGUAGUAAUGCGAUGAGGUAUAUCCCAGUCACAGCGGACUCAUCCAUUGGUUGAAUUUUCUUCAAAAUUAUUGGUUAAAAAGUUAGUUUUCCACUUGUUUGUGAGUUGCCUCUGAGCAGGGACAGGGACAGGGACAGGGACAGGGGUGUAUGUUUGCAUCUGCACACACAAUCACACACAAACACUCAAACGUGUGUGCUGUGGGAAGAAAUCAGUUUGUUCUCUUUUGCUUUUGAGCUGUCCGGGGUGGGGGGGGAGGUUCAUUCACAGCGAGUAAAGGAAUUAAUAGGUUUACAGUUUUUUUUCCAGGUAAUGCAGCUUGUAAUUCUGUUAUGUUGUGUUUGUGUUAUGAUUUGAACACUAAUAUAAUGGCGUAAUAUUCCUUGUCUUCCAAACGUGUUUUUUGGCACACAGAACCAACACAUGGAGGCUUAGUACCCAACUAGCAUCCAGCGUUCACACAAUAUUCCUGUAACAUUACGUCGGCGGCGCAAUGCGGCGACCAUCGCGGUUACAGCAAUAUUGUUGUGAUGUUUUUAAAGUGUUAGAUGGGAGCCCUGAGAUUCCAUGACAGACCCACGUCAGGCUUGUGGACAUGAAGUGAAAAUGUUUUUUUUGUUUUGUUUUUUUAAUUUCAUUUUGUAUUAUUUUGGAGGAUCAGUUAGUGAUCCCAGUGACAGAAUUAAGCCAAGUUUGUAAUUGUAUUAUAUUUACUGUAAGAUGUAGAUCAUUCAGUAACUAUUAAAAUCUUUCCAAAAAAAAA